CACUCUAAAAACUGAAAUGGAGGGAAGAGUAUCAAAUGUAGACAUUUGUAAUUUAGCUUACACUGGAAAAUUUGAAGAACUUAGAAAAUGUAUUUUGUCUGACAGUUCGCUUGCUACGAAAACAGACCAGGACUGCAGGACUGCCCUUCAUUGGGCCUGUUCCGCGGGACAUGUGGAAAUUGUGCAGUUUUUGUUGGAGCUUGGAGUUGAUGUGGACCCCAAAGAUGAUACAUGUUGGACUCCUCUUCAUAUAGCAUCAUCUGCUGGAAGAGAACAAAUAGUCAGAUCCUUAAUAUCCAGAGGAGCACAGCUGAACUCUGUGAACCAAAAUGGUUGUACCCCGCUACACUAUGCAGCAUCGAAAAAUCAUUAUGAGAUAGCCCAGAUUUUGCUGGAAAAUGGUGCAGAUCCUAAUGCAACAGAUAAGCUGCAAUCCACACCACUACACAGAGCAUCCGCCAAGGGCAACUACCAGCUCAUUCAGCUUCUUUUAAAACAGAAUGCUUCUACCAACAUUCAAGACUCGGAAGGAAAUACACCACUUCACCUGGCAUGUGACGAGGAACGGACAGAGGCGGCAAAACUGCUUGUUGAACAUGGUGCCAGUAUCUAUAUUGAGAACAAGGAAAAGAUGACACCUCUCCAAGUAGCUAAAGGUGGCUUGGGAAAUAUGUUGAAACGAAUUGUAGAGGGCUGAUGGACCCUUGGCCGAGAUGGAACGAUGCACUUGCAGCUUUUAAAUAAGCUGCUAUUCAAGUAUGAUGAAUACUCAGCUGAGAAAGAAACUUGGAAAGAAAAAAAGUGAAGCAAAGCAUCUUCUUUUUGGUGGAAAUUAUUUAAGACGCUUGGUCAAGAGAAAAAUUAUACUUAAGUCAGUGUUCUUUUCUUUGGCUAGUGUUUUUUACUAACUCGAGUACUUGUUUUCUCAUUAUGCUUUGUUGUUAUUGUCUAGUUCAAAUCACGAUUGCUUUAUUUCAGGUACACCUAAACUGGGUUUCUCACAGUCUUGUCACUUGUAGUUGUGUUCCGCUGUCACAACAAGGUAGUAAAAUCUUUCGUCCUGGUAACUGUUUUUCUUUUUUUAUUAAACAAGGAAAAUCAAUUAUUCUUGAAUACACUUGAUUGUGUUGCAGUCAUAGUUGAAUGCUGAGAAGUGUUGUGUGAUCUAUAUUUUUAGAUUUAUUAUGCAGUAAUGUAGGAUACCUUUCAUUCAUGAAGCAAUUGUCACUUCUCUUUCACACAUUUAUAUGAUGCCUGUAUGUGUAUGACUCGGUCAGUUUCUUUUUCCAGCUUCUCAGCAAAUGCUCUACUGGGUGCAUAGGGAUGUGGUUAAGAUAGCAUCCACAGACUUCCAUGUACAUGGCACGUCACAACCCAUUGAAAGAUGGCUUUAACAACAUGCUAUUCUAGAAAGUGGUGUGACCAAAUAUUAAAAAGUUUAUAAAUGUGAGAUUCAAAAACCCAUACUGAUCAACCACUAUUCUGAAUAUUAUUUGUGACAACUAAGGUGUAGUUAUUAAAUCAGGAACAAAUGCAAAGGAGCUAUCAGUUUCACCCUCAUGGAUUCCACUUGUGUGACUGUAAUGUUUCCACAAAAUAACUUUUGUCAUUCACAAAGAUCUGCAUACAAUCCGUCCCAUUUUUAUACAUUUUAUUAUGCUUUUGACAGCAUACAAUUGUAGGAAUACAAUUUCCAUACUAUUUAAAAGGAA